AUGGAGCACCACGAAUACUCGGACGACGUUCCGAUGGAGAACGUGCAAUAUCAAUGGUCCGGAGAGCCGAGUCUGGCCGGGCAGCCGCAAGAUAUAGACAUGGCCAUUGACCCCCGACUGUACGGUGAUGCCUUUAUGCCAUGGGGCCCAGAGUCUUCCCAACAUGCUCCCGGUAAUGGGAGUGUGCCUUCCCUCCUAGCCAACCACCAACCCCCAUUCCAAGAGCAGUUCGACUUGAGCGAACCCUCCACCACCUCUGAAAAUGAGGGCAUUUGGAGCGAGGAAGAAGCAAAUUAUGCCCAAGAGGAUGAUAAAGAUGAUUCGGAUGCUGCUUAUACCGAAUCCGAGGCAGCUCAAGAUGAAAAUGACGACACUGCAGCCGAGCCCCCACGGCGAAAACGGCGACGUGGAGGCCACGGAGCGUUUAGAGGUCGCUUUGGAGCCAGAGGAGGCAAAGGAAUCAAGAGAGGUCCUCGUCGGCCUCUGGAACCCAGUCCAGAGUUCAAACUACUCCAUUCCCAGGCUACCGACGCUUUCAUUGACGGAGACUAUGAGAAAGCCACCGAUCUUGUUCAACACGCCAUUCUCAUUAACCCAGAAAUGUUCGCCGCCCACUCACUACUUUCUGAGAUCUUUUUGGCUCGGGGACAGCAAGAUAAGGCGGUGAACGCUCUCUUCAGUGGCGCCCAUACGCGACCAAGAGACCCUGACGUUUGGUUCAACGUGGCAGAGUUAAUUCGAGAUAGAGCCGGCGAAGAUCCACAUAAGGCCUUGACGGAUAGGAUCUAUUGCUACAGCCGAGUGAUUGAGAUUGACCCAAAGAAUUAUCCUGCUCGUUUCCACAGAGCCGCUGCGUACCGAGAGCUUGGCUACAAUGGCAGGGCGGCUACGGAAUAUGAACGCAUUCUCAAAGAACUUCCACAUAACAUUCGAGCCCUUCGGCAUCUGGCUGAAACGUAUAUUGACAUGCAAGAUGUUCAGAGAGCCAUCGAUUACUACAUGGACAGUAUCAAAUAUUACAUGUCUCUUGACACAGAAGACAGCCUGAAGUUCUCGUGGUCAGACCUGAAUAUUUUUGUUGAGUUACUCGCUUACGAAAGGCAGUAUGAAUUGGGCCUACGUCUUCUAACUUCAGCCUCGCGCUGGCUUCUUGGUCGAAACGAGGACAAAAUUUGGGACGAUUUGGAUGAUGAUCGGGAGUGGGACGUUUCUCAUUCUCCUCGUCGUAUCAAAACAGACGGCUUUAUACCUGGAAUGUUUCCUGAAAACUCGUAUGGCAUAGGUCUCCCGAUGGAACUGCGUAUGAAAUUGGGAAUCUUUCGUUUGAAGCUCGGAGACCGCCACUUGAACGAAGCCUUGGGACAUUUCGAAUGGCUGGCGCCUGAUGAUCAAUCCGAUGAUUCAAAAGUACACGACUACGGAGAUCUCUUCCGGGAAGCAGCAGAUGCUCUGAAGGAUGCAGGGUUGUUCGACCAGGCCUUACGAUUCUACGAACCGUUGCAGUUCACAGAAGAAUAUGCUGACAUCGGCUUUUUCUUGGCAAUUGGCGAUUGUGCUUUCGCUUGUGGGAAAAACCAGGAAGCUGCGAGUUAUUAUAUGACCGUAGUUGAAAACGAUAGCACCCAUUUGCAAGCCAGAGUGAAUCUUGCAAAACUAUACGAAGAGCUUGGCGAUAAAGAGAGGGCUCUCUAUUUUGUCAACCAAGCUGUCUUGUUGGGACGAGAGGAAGCUGGAGGUCGCCGCCGAACGCGGAGAAGAGAUCCCCGUAUUGCGAACUUGGCCAGAGAAUUCCAGGGUACUAAUGACCUCCAUGUACCCAAUGUCGCCCCGAGGCUCUCGAAUGUUUUAGCCCAAAGUGAUGUCUCGGCUCCGGACACAGACCGCCCAGGCCAUGUGCAGUAUCUGUACUCAAAAAUGAACGAACUACGUCCGGCAAUGCGGGGAGGGGACGAGAACGCUACGGAGGACUGGCUUGAUAUUGCGGAUGCACUGCUUCGUGACUUCCGGUCGAAUCGUUCUUUCUAUCCAUUGCAAAAGAACACGGCCUUUUUGGGUUACGCGAGAGAGGCACAAAAGAAGGGUGGCAAAAAGAAGGAGGAUCUUGUCAUGGAUGAGAUGCAGGAAAUGGCAGGACGUCUGCAAGAGUCUUUAAGCAACAUUCCCGAAGAAAGAAUCCAGGCAACUGUUCCGACUGAUUAUUAUGGUAUCUCGUUUGCAGAUUGGUUAGAGAUAUUUCUUGAAUACGCCUUUGUGGUGUCGGGGCAGGGGGACAGCGAAGAGGCGUACAACGUCUUGGCCGCAGCAGCAGAUGCCAGUAUCUGGUACCACUCCAAGGACAAAACGCGCCAUAUUCAUAUUUGCUGGAUCACGUGCGCGUUGCGGCUGCAAGACGAGGAAACCUUGGUUAGUGAAGCAAGAUGGUUCUCUAGGGAAUAUCAAUUCACGACAGAUACAUAUCGAUUGUUCUCUUUGCUCAGUCGAGUCAGCGGCAAUCCGCAAAAGUCGCUGUUCCAUGCGUCUCCAAACAUGAAAUUCAUGCUCCGGCAGGUCAAGGCCAUGGACUAUUCGAUACCGGGCAGCGUGAUGCGCAAGACAAAGUCACGAGAAGCAGCCUAUCAAGAAAAGGCUUCUUUGACCACGCGCAAUGAGCAUGGCGAGCUCAUCAAGGCCGAAAGCAUGGACGUCGCCUUGCUCGUUCUCUACGGACACAUUCUCUACUCGGGAAACAGUUUUCUCCCCGCGCUCAACUACUAUUUCCGGGCACACGCUCUGGACAAAAACAACCCAAGUAUUUUGCUAUCUAUCGGUCUCUGCUAUAUACACCACGCGGUCAAACGACAAUCCGAGAAUCGACACUACAUGAUCUUCCAAGGCCUAUCAUUCAUGACCCUCUAUCGCGAGAGCCGCGAAAAGGAAGGUUCCUUGUUGGUAGAGCUCCAGGAGGUCGAAGUCAAUUUUGGACGUCUAUACCACUCCUUGGGCCUCCUGCACCAGGCGACAAUCGCGUACGAGCGUGCUCUGGAAAUGGGUGAGCAGAUACAGGCCGAAGCAGCCGGUCGCAAAGCCGCGGGUGAAUCGUUUGUCGAGGAUUUCUCGACCGAAGCAGCAGUCGCUUUGCAGAAUAUUUAUGCGCUUAGCGGGGAUACCCUCGGCGCCAGGGAAGUUACAGAGAAAUACCUCGUCGUGUAA